UGACACUUGCAUGACAUCUCCAUGAAUGAGGCAAGCAUUGAGAUUGUUCUACAAAUUCAUCGCCCCUCUUUUCCUGACAGAUUCCUCUCCAAGUCUGCAAGACCAAUGCAAACUUCUCUACAUAAGUAGCUGCUUCAUUCUACUCCUUGUUCCUCUCAUAUUGGCCUUCGAACCAUUGAUGGAUUCAGAAUGGAUCAAUCCAACUCUAAGCCUCGACCUCAGCAUCGGCAGGUCUCCUGAUCAAGCUUCGAACGGAGACUUAGAAGCCAAGCUGAAUGAACUGAGCGAGGAGAACAAGAGGCUAAACGAGAUGGUCAAAGCCAUGUAUUCCAACCACACAGCUCUUCACCAUCAGUUGAUGGACCUCACAAACUCAGUACCCCCGGCGAAGAAGAGGAAGAGGAUGAGGAUGAGUGCCAACAUGACCAGUAUCUACACGACUUCCGUGAGGAUCGAUGCAUCCAGUUCGAGCCUGGUGGUGAGAGACGGCUAUCAAUGGAGGAAGUAUGGGCAGAAGGUUACCAAGGACAAUCCAUCUCCAAGAGCUUACUUUAGAUGCUCCUUUGCCCCUUCAUGUCCUGUGAAGAAGAAGGUGCAGAGGAGUGCGGAAGACAGCUCAGUGUUGAUAGCUACUUACGAAGGUGAGCACAACCAUGAUCCGCCAACCACGGGGAACGAGUCGCUCCCUUGCUUCGUCUCUCUCAGUUCUUCGGACUCUGCAGUCGCCCUGGAUCUCAGGCCACGAGGAUUCAGGUCUGAAGUUGAGUGUGUCGAAUUCCAACGAAUCUUGGCGGAGAAGAUGGCCUCAUCAUUGACUCAGGAUCCAAGUUUUGCAGAAGCGCUUGCAAGUGCGAUCUCCGGAAGAAUGUUUCAGCAUCUGCAAGCUCAAAGCUGAUCGGAAGUGAUUUUUCUGGGGCAAGAGAAAUCACUGCCAGUUAGUUCUUCUUGGAGGAUCUGCUUCCUGCAGACCUGCUAAUAAGAGUCGGAUCGAAGAAUACAGAAUCGGAGUUUCCAAGUUAUCAGCAGAUUUGAUUAAGUCGAUGUUUCUCAGGGGAAAUUGGGUUAAUUAUCGCAACAACAACAAAGAAAAGCAUAAUGAAGUUAUCCAGUCUUGUAGUGACGAUUGCAAGUCUUAUCAAUAUGAUAGAUAAUUCAUCAUUUCUAUU